AUUUUAUCUUCUUCCAACGCAGAACUUCCACUUCAUGUCGACUUCCGUAUCUUCUGAUUCCAUUGACCUGUCCGUCACUGUGCUCGAUGCGACCCUCCCACAUGAACCGACCCGUCACCAUGGCCUUCUCGCAAUCUCAACCGAUUGGCGUACUCACCGGCGUUAGCUCUGGUAUUUCAUCCUCAAAUAUUCUCCGUUUGGCUGAUGAGAACGGACCCGAGCCUCCGAAAGACUCCACCGUGCUGUUACCUACGAUGACAACAAUACAAAAUUGGUCGAGAAAUUGCCGUGACAGAUGGAAUGGAGGGGACAAUCUCAUCGACUACGUAUACGGACUGUCAAUGUUUCCCCAUACCAACAAUAUGUAUCGGUUUGUAGAGUAAUAAGCAGGAAAACAACAUGCUUCUCUGAGGACGGAUACAAGUCGAGAGUGAAACACAGAAUGAGUUCACCAACUAUAAUAUCGACGGCCCAACAACCUGGUUGGAUAUCAUCACGGCGCUUGGGAGCUGAGCUGAGAUGACUGGUUACCAACUUGUGCCAGCAUUCCAUCUUGCGUGUCCCAACAUGCUGGAACUGGCUACGAUCCCGAACCGAUGCCAGACUGGACCUCGAGUGACUGCCUGGAAAGCAACUGACCCAAUGGGGCAACGCAGAAAUGGGGAGCUGAGUGAGCCCUUGUUCACACCCUUCACUGACACGGUCGGCUGCGGUCAAAUCGAAUCCAGUCGUUUGCUUUCCCAGGAUAUCUCAGGUCACCGACAUUAGCGGUAUCAGCCCGUAUGAGCAAACACAUUGGGUGGUGCAGGUGUGAAGGGGUCUAUUGUUUACCCAAAUCGGCACUUGGACUUCGAUAGUGAUGCGCCGUGGAGAUAUCACAUAUCACAUCCUCUGGGGGUCGACUACUUAGUCUGCCAGUAGCCGCUCUUCUUUGGAUUUGUUCUGUUCUUCUGUUUUCAUCGACAGCAACAGCAACAGAUUAGUCACCAUCAUGAUCGACAUCCUCAUCAUCGGCGCCGGUCCUAGUGGCCUUUGCGCUGCCAAAACGUUUCUACAACACAACCCAACCAGCAACAUUGUCAUCCUCGACAGCCACUCGACCGUAGGAGGCGUCUGGUCCAAGGAGAGACUCUAUCCCACCCUCCGAACCAACAAUCUGUAUCCUACCAUGGACUUUAGUGAUUUUCCCAUGAAGGACGUUGGCAUCGGCCGUCCAGGACAUCACAUCACCGGCGAGGAAAUGCAUGCCUACCUGACCGCGUACGCCCACCACUUUGAUCUGAUGAAACGAAUCCGCUUCAACACUCGAGCUGUCCGAGUUCAUCAAGUUCAAGAAGAAGUAACCCUUAACAGUGACGCCAGCUGCUGGAAGGUAGAGGUAGAGGUAGACGUACAUGAACUGGGCAACCCGACCACAACAGUAACACUAGAAACCAACAAACUCGUCAUGGCCACCGGCAUCCUCGGCGUCCCCAACAUGCCCUCUCUCAAAGGCAGCGAAACCUUCGACGCACCCCUUUUGCACUCCUCCGCCCUCGGGCCUCGCUACCAAGACGUCCUCCAAAACCCCCACAUCAACCGCGUCGCCGUCCUCGGCGGCUCCAAAUCCGCCUACGACACCGUCUACCUCGCUGCCACGACCGCCCACAAAGUCGACUGGAUCAUCCGCAAAUCCGGCCGUGGUCCCUCAUGGGUCUUUCCCUCCCACACCAAGAUCGGCCCCUUCAAAGCGUGGCGCGAGAAGCUCGUCACUCGACGGAUUUUCACUUUCAUGUCUCCUUGUGUUCUUCCCGACCACUCUGGCAAACACAUCAGUUGGAUCCGCGACUUUUUGCAUACCAACAAGGUCGGAAAAGCCAUAACGAAAAGCUUCUGGAAGAUCUUACACGCCGAUACCAUCCGAGAUUGUCGUUACCGCGAAGGAAAAGACAACAAGAACUUUGGUGUGCUAGAACCGGAACACAGCCCUUUUUGGUACGGGACCAGCUCGGGGACGCUCAACUACGAGCAGGACUUCAAGGCCUUAGUCACCAGCGGCCAAGUGACUAUCCAUCGCCAAGACAUUUCUCAUCUCAGUCCACACGCCAUCCACUUUCUCGCCGCCGAUGAUGCUGGUAAAGAAACCCUGGCCGUCGACGCCCUCAUUUGCGCAACAGGAUACGCAGCCACCCCACCCGUUGACUUCUUUCCUCCGGAACUACACUUCCAACUCGGCAUCCCCACCACGCUCGACUCCCUCUCCGACGAGGAAAAAGCCAUCUGGGCGACCUACGACCAAGAAGCAGAUGACCUCAUAACCAAGCAAUUUCCCCAACUCAUUCCCCUACCACCACCCCCCAAGUCCAAAUCCAAAGAGUCCCAAGACACCAAAACAUACACCCCCUGGCGUCUCCACCGCGGUAUCGCCCCCCCAGGCCCUCCAACCCUCACAACAGCCCGCAGCAUCGUCUUCCUCUCCAUGCACAGCAACAUCACCAACAUCCCCCGCAUCGAACUCCAAUGCUUAUGGUCCCUCGCCUACUUCCACGACAAGUUAAUCAAAGUAUCUAAUUCUCAAGUUCACAAGGACACCGCCCUGUUCCAGCGAUGGUGUCAGCUUCGAUCUCCCCUGGGACACGGGAGGCAGUAUCCUGACUUGAACUUUGAUCAGCUGCCUUAUUGGGAUUGGUUGGUGGCUGAUUUGGGAUUAAAAGUCAGGAGGAAGAAGAGUGUUUGGAAAGAACUAGUUAGUCCGUAUGGGAGUGAGGAUUAUAGGGGGUUGGUGGAGGAGUGGAUUGAGAAGUACGGAAUCCAUAAGGGGGAGGGGAGUGAACAGGAGAGGAGGGAGGGCGAGAAAAGACUGUGAAAGUGGUGGUUGAUGAGCGAAAAGUGGGAUGCUGAGGUAGGAUAGUGGAUUAAAAUUUAUGGUUGGGUCAAGUGAUGGUUGAGAGAUGAUAGGUACUUGGCCGGUUAAAGUGCCUGUGGUCACAUAAGGGAAUUUAAUUUCAGGAAGCUUGGAUCACCAUCAGUGCAUAAUGAAA